GCCGUUCUAUAAUUAAUCUUUGUGUCAUCCUUCUCAUCCUCUAUCCAACCACUCCCCCCCAAAGUUGCAUGCGUUGUUAACCGACCUGGUAGUCUCCAAGGAUAUCGGUUCUGUGUAUGCGCACCUGACGACUUUUCUGGACUUGCGGUUCGCUUCGGCUUGGCCUUCCGUUUCCACCCCCCAGAAGGAUUUUUUCUAGAAUAAAAAAAUUGACAUGGUCAUCGGCUGUUUUACUACCUUGUCUCGGGAAUCGUGCAUUUAAAAAAGAAAUCUUCAAGUCACCAGGGUUUUUUUUAAAUCUCGAAACACGCGCCGCCUCAGACGUCACCUAAAACCACCUAUCUCCUAGUCGCUGCGUGGCUACAGCUCUCAAACCUCACCCUGGCGCCCCUCAGCGUCCAUUAAUGUAGCAUGGCAGAAGAUCGUCGAAAUAGAGGACAACCUUUAAGGCACGACCCAAACGACGAAUCUCAGUAUCCUCCAGUUCCUGGCGAGGAAGACGACCGCGCAAGAGCAAUUCCUUAUCAUUCACGACCACAAAUGGCGACUGGUGCAGUAAGAUUGCCAUCUAUUCAGGACCCUCACGGUGCCUAUAACCCGUCUUCUGGUAGAGCUUGGGAUCCGAGGUCUAGUGGUUAUGGUCCUUCGCCCAGCUCUACAAACGGAUAUCCCCCUCCGCCUACCGCCGCACAGGCACCUCCAAGUGCUGCUUACUCGCCUCCUCCCGGCGGCGCCUAUCCUCCUCCUGGCACCAGCCAUCCCUCCUAUCUUCCACCCGUCCAUGCGGCGGCUCCAGAUCCGAGGGCCGGCUACUCUCAAGAUCCGAGGGCGUCACCGUACUUUUCUAGCUAUAGCGGUCUAAAUCCGUACGACUUCACGUAUCGGCAAGAUCGUAGUACACCUGGGGCUUAUCCUCCGGAUUACGCCAGAGGAGGGCCUGCGGGAACUGCCGUGAUGCAGCAGUCCGCCCCUCGACAGCGAACUUCGAUUGCCUGCAGAUAUUGCAGGAGGAGAAAGAUCCGUUGUAGUGGCUACCAAAAUUCUCCCGGAGGAAAAUGUACGAAUUGCAUCAAGAUGAAUCAGGAAUGCGUGUUUCAGCCGGUCUCUUCUUCCUCGUCCACCGCAUUUGUUCCUGUUUCGGCAUUGCCGAACGGCAUCCCGCCAGGCACGCAAUUGUUUGGGGCGUAUGGACAGCCAUUGUCGGGCGGGUCGAGCCUUGCACCGGCCAGUGGAUUCUCAGCUACGAAUCCGCAAUAUGACCAGUCACUGCCAUCGCCGACUGGCUCGUAUGGGUCUUUUUCGGAAGAGAGGUCUGAAGCAGGCAGGCGGCGGGCGAGACCUGCAGAUGAUGAGCACGGAGUGCGUUUACCUCCUCCAAGCACGUUUCCUGAGGACAACCCGCGGCGACGAUCUCCGUCGUCGAGCGGGAGUCCAAGUCAUUUACAACCGUUACCACAGCUAAACCCCCAGCAGGCUCCAUAUGCCGGGUACGAUAACAGAACCCCACCGCCGAGGGGCAGUCCGUCUGGCCCUCCAGCAGGGCAUAGUACCGCGAGUUCCGUAAUGAGUCUAGAGAAUAUAAUGGGCACUGGCCCUACUUCUAAUAACGAUAUCGACCAGAAGAUGCUAGGCCGCUUAAACAGGCGAACGUAGCGGCCACGGCUAUCGAUUAUUCGUACCAGCCACCGGAUGGCCAGGAAGUCGAUACGCCCGUUGAACGAGGAAAAGAGGGUUGGAGGGGCGGUGCUCGAGGGAGGGGUCUAUGAUGGAAGGAGUUGGGAAAAUAGAUGGCCGCUGGCGGCUUGUCCGGACGGUUCAAUCGGCGACGAUUCCUCGGUGUUUUAAUCGAUUUCCAAAUUUACGAGUUUG